UCAGCCUGCGCGGGCGGCGGGACGCGGUGCCGGGGCAGCAGGCCGAGCAUGUCGGAGAAAAAGCAGCCGGUGGACCUGGGGCUUCUGGAGGAGGACGAUGAGUUUGAGGAGUUCCCGGCCGAAGAUUGGACUGGCUUAGACGAAGAUGAAGAUGCACAUGUCUGGGAAGACAAUUGGGAUGAUGACAAUGUAGAAGAUGAUUUCUCCAAUCAGUUAAGAGCUGAAUUAGAAAAACAUGGCUACAAGAUGGAAACAUCCUAGUUUUUUUUUCUGGCUGAACAUGGAGUGGUUUGGUAUUGAACUCUGGACAGACUAUACAGAGAAAAGAAGAAGAGGUGGAAAAUGAAAACACAGACUUAGCUUGCUGUCUGCUUGGAUUUAUUAUUGUUUUGUAUUAAAAUAAAGUUUUUAAUCUUAGCCUAGUUACAAGCUGGUAACUUGUACUGCAGUUUUGAAAUGUCUCCUGUCAUACAAGGCAUGGACUUGCCUAGAAUGCUACAAGUGAUCUGUCAGUGGCUGAUGGUAUUGUGCCAGCUCCCCUCAUGGGGAUAUAAAUAGACUAACCCAAAUGAACACUGGUGAAUGUUUCUGACAUAGGGAAUGUGGAGAUGUCAAAAUGAAAUCAAGCACCUAUUCCAAUUAAAGUGCAGCAGAGGCAGAAAGGAGUUUUGGGAAGUGCUAAAGCUAUUUUGCCUCAAGAUUUGAGUUCAGAAUGACUUGUUUUUUUUUUUUUUCUUAGCCAUUUCACA